CACCUUUGCACUGCACCGCAUCAACAUGUCUGGCAUCUUUUAUCCAACGAGGCCACCACCAAACAGACCAAGAGGCACCGCAGACGCAGAGUGCACGGCAGCCAGCAGAUCACCAAACACCACAGCUACAGUCGAGGAUGCUCGGCUGCCCCGUCCUCUGAUCACCUUCCAGUCCCCCUUGUCGUACUUCGAGCUUGGAAGGAUGGAGUUCAUGCUCUUCAGCAGCACCCGCAGCGGCAAGGACCAGAUCAUCGGCACCGACCAGAUGGGCAACACCGCAACACGCUCCUGAACAGCACGGACUCGCAUAUCAUCCGGGUGAUGCCCACCCUGAACCAGAAAAAGAGGAUGCCUAUCUCCCUCAUAGUUGGGGACAGUCUCUACGCCAUGGACACAUUCCCUCGGCCAUCUGACGCCAAAUGCUUUGAGGCCUUCACUCACGGCCCUGCUUCUAGCAAUCUGUUCAGCACACUGGACUGGCACUGGCACUCUCUACCGCCGCUGCCGUAUGUAUUUGAGCCAGGCUACGAGCUGCCUAACAGCUACAUCAGAUCCUACACGGUGGUCCGACAUUCAGACAUCCUUGUUUCUGCCAAGGACAUCGGAACCUAUUCCUUUGAUAUAGUGAGUCGAGCGUGGAGCAAGAUCGGUGACUGGGUGUUGCCAUUCUCCGGCCGUGCCGAGUACAUCCCAGAGUAUGAUCUCUGGUUCGGCCUCUCAUCAUAUGAUGACAACAACCUGUUGUGCACGUCAGACCUGUCCGCUGCCUCAGAGCUCAAGCCGCCAAUGCUGCGCCACAUCUGGGAGGACAAUCUCAAACCCCCUCAGGAUUGGGUCAGAGGAUUGGCCUACGCGGUGCACCUAGGGUCUGGCAAGUUUUGCAUUGCCAGGUUCUUUGAAACGCCGGAGGAAGAUCCGUGUGAAGGUGGCUCGGGCUUCAUCCACUGGGGAUGUGAGAGAUUUGUUGUGCUCAUCGGUGUGGAGGUGGAGCGCUGUGGCGAGGAUGGUGGAGGGAUCAGGAUGAUCACACACAGGUCCAAACGUUACAGGUUGCCGAAUAGUAAGUUGCCCGCUUUGGUACUCUGAGUAUCUGAUUUCCUUCCUCUAGGCCAGGUAGAGCUGAAAUAAUCAUCUCAGGAAUCAGGACCGAUCCAUCUUUGUGUCUAUUUUUUUUAUCUCGUGUUAAAUGUUUGCCUGAUCGGUAUCCGACGAGUCUCCAAGUAAUUAGCGAUGGUCAACCUCUGUUAUUCCCUGAAUUCUGCUGUGUAUUUGGGAACUCUGACGAUAGUCAGUAAAAGCCUAUGUAUGUUUGUUCGUAUUUCUCAUUUUGUUAGAGAUCUUUUUCGAGUAUAAAACUUUGUGCAGUGAUCCUCAAUUGUGCCA